AUGAUGAUGCUAACUAGUGUACAGAGAAUCAGAGGCGCGAUAGAUCGGACGAUUGCCGAAGAGCAGGCACGUCAGCAGAGGACAGGCGAGCACGCCGGAUCAUCGGGCGGAUCGUCGCCGAGCAGAAGAUCGUCGACAUCGGUGUCACGAACAGGAAGCGUCAAGGGCGAGGGUACGGCAGCCGGACGACGGGCGCGAUCAACGCGACCGAGCCAGGACAACGGCAACAAGGGCAGCGAGGGUACGGCGAACACGGACCCGUCUGUAUUCGAGGCGGCCUUUGUGAUCGACGACAGCGAGGAGCCGUCGCGGACGUCGACACCGAUGCCGGCAGAAGCUGGGAACGGCAGCGAGGAGAAGGAGGGUGCGAGAGGGAGCGAGGAGAAAGAGACGAGAGACGAGGUAUCGCUAGCCAGACAAGAUGGCACCGACGGCAGAAACAAGGACGAGGCUGGCGAGACAGCCGACAGGACGGCAAAGACGAUGACGACGCGGCCAGACAAAACGGAGCUGCCCCCAGAGAUCCGGGCGCGGCUGCGCAAGCUGGAGAAGCUGGAGGCGACAUAUCCGGAGCUGCUGCGGUCGUACCGGGUGGCGCACGGGAGGGCGACGUCGAUCGAACCGUUUGAGAGGGUGUUGCGCGAGAACACGCCAUUGGGGUCGAUCCGUGACCCAGAGGCGUUGGUGGAGUACCUCGGACAGCUGAGUCUCAAGAGCGACAUGGUGCUAGAGGAGCUAAAGCGAGUGUCAGGCGAGCGCGACGGGCUGCGGAAGAAGCUGGACGAGGCGGAGGCCGAGGUGGCGGAGGCGAGGAAGCACGUCAAGAAGCCAGAGGACGGCAGCGAGGAGUUCUUCUCAGCCGACAGCGAGCUGCCACGGCUGCAGGCGGCCGAGCAGACGGAGCAGAUCGGGAAGCUGCGCGAUGAGGUUGCGGCGAAGACGACAGAGUCGGCAGUGAAGACACAGCAGAUCGAGAAGCUUCAGCAGGAUGCGACAGCAAAGACAGAGCAAAUCGAGAGGCUCGAGAAGGAAGUAGAGCAGCUGCAGACAGACCUUUCGGCGGCGAUUCAGACAAAGACGGAGGUGGCCGCACUCAACGCACAGUUGACGACGACAGCAGCCAAGAACGGAGAGUUGGAGGGCGAGGCUCAGGCACUGACUAAGCAGCUCGACAAGACAGUGGCGGCGACAAAGACUGAGAAGGAAAAGCUGGCGAAGGAGAAGAAGGAGCGGGACACUUUGAUCGAGCAGCUGCUGAAGGCGGCAGCGGCACCACGGCCAGCAGUGGUACCUGCAGCUGCGGCGGCAGCACCGACGACAACGACACAGACACCGACAGGCACGAGCGGCGGAGCAAAAAAGAAGAACAAGAAGAAGAAGAAGAACAACGGUGGUGGUGGGGUGGCGGCAGCAGCAGCAACGGCAGCAGCAGCCGCAGCGAUGGAACCGGCGCCGUCAGAAGCAUCCGAAUUGACGCUGGUAGGAGCUGCAGAUGGCGAAGUGGAGGCCGAGAGCGAGGCAGCUCCCGAUGCAGCAGCAAUGGCAGAGCUGCAGGCAGAGUUGCAGGCGGAGGUGACCCGACUGCAGGCAGAGGCAGCCAGUAAAGACGCGCAGAUCGAGCGACUAGGACGCCAGCGGAAAACAGAGGAGGACCUGCGGGAGGAGAUUGAGACGCUGCAGGAGAAUCUGUUGGCCAUCGGGCAGGACCACGUGGAGGCCAAGGAGAGGAUCAAGGAGCUGCAGGCGGCGGGGGCAGAGACGACACAGCUGCAAGAACGGGUGGCCUCGCUGGAGCAGGAGCGGGAGACGCUGACGCAAACGGUGACAACACUACAGAAGGAGAGAGAGGCGCUGACGAAGACGGUGGCCUCACUGGAGCAGGAGCGCGCUGGACUGCAGUCGGAGGUGGGCGCGGCACAGCAGCUGGCGGCAAGCCGGUUUAAGGACGCGACAGAGCUGCGGGAGGUGCUGCAGAAGGCACAGCCUGAGCUGAAGAGUCUGCGACAAGAGGCAGCACAGCUGAAGACGGUGCGGUCAGAGCUGGCAGCAAAGACGGCCGAGGCGACGGCGGCGGAGAAGCGGGAGAAGGAGGCCAAGCUGGAGGCGGCGCGGGCGACACGACUGGCGAGCGAGCGCGAGGCAGAGGCGAAGGGGCUGCGGGAGAAGCUGACGGGCGAGACGGGGCAGCGAGCACGGCUUGAGGAUGAGAAGCGAACGAUGGGACGCGAUCUGCGGCGGGCAGAAGGCGAGAAGGCCGAGCAGCAGGUACGGGCCGAAAAGGCCGAGCAGCAGGCGACACGGCAGCAGGAAGAGGCAGGCCAGCAGCGACGGCGAACAGCACAACUGGAAGAAGAGGCGAGCCGGUUGCGACGCGAGGAGGCGGCACAGCGCGAAGAGGUGGUACGCAAGACGGCACAGUACGCGAACGCGCAGAAGCUGCUGGCAAGCAUGCGAGACCAGACAGCCGAGGUGGGGGUGCAGCUGCGAGAGGCACAGGCAGCGACCGAGGCACUGGACGAGGAGCUGGCCGAGUGUCGGCGGCUGCUGGGCGAGCGGACGCGGGAAGCCGAGACGAUGCGACGACUGCUGGCCGACGUGGACGGCCGGGCAGACGGAAAGGUGCGGGCGAUGCAGGCACAGCUAGACGCGGCCGUGGCCGAACGCGAGCGGCUGGAAGAUGAAGCAGGCGUGGCAGCACGACGUCGCAGCCGCGAGGCCGAGGAGCUGCGCACGCGGGCGCGCGAGCUGGAGCGGCGAGCUGAAGCGGCAGUGGCUGAGCGCGACGGGCUGCAGGCGCGGGCAGCGGAGCUGGCACAGCAAUUAUCGGCACAGGAGUCGGAAACAGCGGCUGCAGCCGAGCAGACGGCCGCACUGACAACGACGGUGGCCAGUCUGCGAGCAGCACUCGACGGGGCCGAGCAGGCGGUGCGGGAUGCCGAGCGACAGCGGGCGGACCUGCGGCGGGUGCUGGACGAGCAGCGACAGCGGUUUGAAAAGGCGCGGGCGAGUGGUGGUGGAAGCGCAGGCAGAGGACGGCCGACGACGGCUGACACAUCUUCGACAACACCCGUCCGCAAGUCGAUCGACAGCAACAGCAGCCGGCCGUCCUCUUCGGCGGCCACGCCAGCGGCUCCCGAUGCCGUCUACAUCAAGACAAUCAUGCUGCAGUUCCUUGAGCAGAAGGACAACCGGCUGCGUGCACAGCUGGUGCCGGUGCUGGGCAAGCUGCUGCGCUUUGAUCGUGCCGACGAGCAAAAGUGGCUGGCAGCCAUCCAGCAUCUGACGGCGAGGUAG